GGACCCUUCCCCUUCAAGCUCCAACCCCCCCCGCCCGGGCGGAGACAGCGGGACAAGGCCGCGACUUCAUCAUCAGCAUCAUCAUCAUCAUCAUCGUCAUCAUCGUCAUCAUCGUCGGCCCCCGCGGGGGGAGGGGUCGCGGGGGGGCCGCCCCCUGCCCCUCCCCCCCCCCACAUCAAGGUGGAGGCGGUGUCGGAGGAGGAGGAGACGGUGGAGGUGACGGACCUGAGCGAGGACUGCGACGACGAGGAGGAAGAGGAGGAGGAGGAAGAGGAUGAA